AUAAUCAAUGUGGGUGCUUGCUUUAAAUGAUGCUGGAGUAGCAUGGAUUUGCUCCCCACCUCUCUCUCUCUCUUCUCUCUCUCUCUCUCUGUGUGUGUAUGUGUGUGAGAGAGAGAGAGAGAGAAGAGAGAGAGAGAGAGCUGCACAGUCUGUAUUUUUGGCAAGACAGUCAUGUUAUAGUUAAACGUCAAUUUAGCAGUCAACCUCCUCCUAUCACGCACGCGCACUCACGCACGUGGUAAGCCCAGACUUCAUAAACAAGCCGCUGCCACUUAGUUGCUCUGUGUUCCCUCUGAUCCCACAUCAGUGCAGGCUCAGAGAAGAUGGCACUGGCCGACACAGAGCGCGGAGUGUCCAACUGCGGCGACUCUGGCUCCCCGUUUGCAGAGAUUAUUGAGCUGAACGUCGGCGGGCAGGUUUAUGUGACCAGACACAAAACUCUCAUCGCCGUCCCAGACUCGCUGCUGUGGAACAUGUUCAGUAAGAAGGCUCCCAAGGAGUUGGCGAGAGACAGCAAGGGGCGCUUCUUCUUGGACAGGGACGGGUUCUUGUUCCGCUACAUCCUCGAUUAUCUCCGAGACCUGAACUUGGUCCUCCCUGACUACUUCCCCGAGAAAAGUCGACUGCAGAGGGAGGCUGACUUUUUCCAGCUGCGGGACCUUGCCAAACGCCUCAGCCCCCGGGUGAGUAAGGACAAUUCCAUCAGCGAGGAGAUUAGCCAGAGUGACACUGAGGAAGGUGCGCAGCAGUGCUCCUCCGGCGGCAUGGAGACUUUACGCACCAUGUCGGUCAGCGGGGCCAUGCGCUCCCCGUCACUGGACUCCAGAAAGUCGGGCUACAUCACGGUAGGAUACCGCGGCUCGUACACCAUUGGCAGAGACAUCCAAACCGACGCCAAAUUCAGAAGAGUGGCGCGCAUCACGGUUUGCGGGAAGACGUCUCUGGCCAAAGAAGUGUUUGGGGACACGCUGAAUGAGAGCAGAGACCCAGACAGGCCACCUGAGAGAUACACAUCCCGGUACUACCUGAAGUAUAAUUUUCUAGAGCAGGCAUUUGACAAGCUGACAGAGGCGGGCUUCCACAUGGUGGCCUGCAGCUCCACAGGCACCUGCGCCUACACCAGCAAUGAUCCAAACGAGGACAAAAUUUGGACAAGCUACACUGAAUAUGUCUUCUGUCGGGAAUAACAAACAGUAAACAUGCCGUGUUGAUGUAAAUAGACAUUUCAUAAUCUAGAGGGGAAUGUCUUUUAAAACAAGUAUUGCAUUUGCUGUGUUGAAUGGUAGCGUUUGUCAAGGGCGAGUGACUGCAACCUAUUGCUCCAUUAUUCUAAGAAUAGUCACAUAGCAGUAUUAGCACUUCUGUGGUUAAACCGGAGACAAAAUGCCCCUAAACAGAUUAUACACAAACGAGUUUUACACGUUGUCAGGAGAUAAUAGUAACAUUUGGAUGCUCAAAGUGAGGAGAGCAUCGUUUGAGGUGACACACCCACCCAAAGCACUAUUGCUGUGGAAAACAAAAACAAAAUGCCACCAUGUCCAUCUCAUAGAGCUGCAUGUCAAUGUUUCAGUCAUAUCUGACUCAGUGCUAUGUGAAUUGAGCGGGAUCCAAGAACAGACAAGCAGCAAUUAGUAUUCAGUGUUAUUGUAACUUCUAGGCUUGCUUGAUCACAUGUUUGGCCAAGUUUUGUAUAAUCUAGUAGGUUCUUAUAUCACUGACAUGACUGUAAGUGUAUGUGCUUGCUUGGUAGAGUUGUAUUUGUUAAACCUGUCCAGAUGAAAUAAAAGCUUACACUCUACUGCUAUUCUCAGCCCCUUGCCAGUCAUCCUAUCUUCUUCCUAACAUCUGCACAAAGUGUACAGAAAGGACAAAAUACUGGCAUUCAUCUGCCUCCAACCUUUUAAACUUUACUCAGUGGGGAAUCAAAGAGUCAACCUCAAAGCGAGAGGCCCGACCCAGGAACCUCAGCCCCAUCACGGCACAGGAGCUGCCAGCUCAACAAAAUCUGUCACACUGUUUUAGAAGCUACCCAGAACUGAAAUGCGAGUGGCAGUAAUGUGUUUACGUCUGACUUACAAAAUCCUGACCGUGAACUUUCCUUGGCUCUGACUUCCUCUGUCACUCCUGCAAACAGCCAUUUCAAAGCAUUGUAUCUAUUUUAUAUUCAACUUGCCCUGUUAUU